AUGGCUCUGCUGCCACCGUCGUUUGUCGCAGCCCUCGUCUCCGGCCUUUUGGUACUGUGGUACGUCUACUCAACACUGAAUGCCUACCUUGCCCUCCGUCACUUCAAAGGCCCAUGGUCGUCUGGUUUCUCGCGUCUAUGGCUGUUGAGAGCCAACCUAGGUGGUCGCAUGAACCAUGAGUUUCGAGCCGUCAACGACAAAUAUGGCAAGACUGCUCGCGUGGGACCUCAGACACUCCUGACCACCGAUGUUGCCCUCAUCAAGCGAAUGAACGGCACCAGAAGCGAUUAUCGUCGUUCAGUGUGGUACAAUGCACUGCGCCUGCAUCCAACUCGAGAUAACAUCACCUCCCAUCGUGACGAGCAGGUCCAUUCUCGAUUGCGCGCCCAGAUGACACAAGGGUACUCUGGCAAGGACGUUCCCGACCUCGAGAAAGAUAUUGAUAGAUGCAUUGAAGACUUCUUCGCGCUCAUCAACCGCACUUAUGUCUCCUCUGAGGCCGAAUACGUUCCUUUCGACCUUGCGCGUCUGGCAACCUUCUUCUCACUGGAUGUCAUCUCCACUGUCGCGUUCGGCAAGUCCUUUGGCUUCCUUGACUUGAAUGACGAUCCGUUCGGCUAUCUUCCACAGCUGCAGACUCUACUUCCGGCUAUCAUAUUCUUUGGUGUUUACCCUGAGAUCCAGAAGAUUAUGCGUCUAUCAUGGAUGCAGGCACUGCUACCGAAAGCCACGGAUGUUAAUGGAGUUGGCAGAGUCAUGGGAUUCGCCAAAGAUGUCGUUGCAGAACGCUUUGGCGAGGAGAAAGUGGUUAGAAGGGACAUGCUCGGAUCUUUCCUGAAGAAUGGUCUCACUCAAGAUCAGCUCGAGUCUGAGACCCUCACCCAAGUUGCGGCUGGAUCAGACUCGACAGCCACGGUGAUUCGCAUGGCAAUCUUCCUUAUCGCCUCCAACCCCUCCGUCUACAACAAAGUAUUGGAAGAGCUGGACGUUGCUGAGGCUGCUGGUAAACUUACUCGACCUGUCAUCCGUGAUUCCGAAUCUAGACUACUUCCCUACUUCCAGGCUUGCGUAAGAGAAACCCUUCGAUGUUAUCCUCCAGUCACUGGACAGCUCGCUAAGCAGUCUCCGGCCAAUGGCGACCACUUUAAUGGGAUGUACAUUCCUCCAAAUACUCAGAUUGCUUGGAACUCUUGGGGCUUGAUGCGCACCAAGGAGAUCUUCGGGGACGAUGUCGAUGUGUUUCGACCAGAGCGCUGGCUUGCUUCAGGCGGCCACACGCCAGAGGAGCUCGCUCAUAUGGAAGAGACGGUAUGGAUGGCGUUUGGCUGGGGUCGCUUCGGCUGUCUUGGUCGUCCAGUUGCGCAGAUGGAGAUCAACAAGACCAUUCCAGAGUUGCUCAUGGAGUACAACUUUCAGAUUGCCGAUCCGUCCAAUCCAUUCUCGGUCAAGUGUGUUGGCUUCUUCAUCCACACCGACAUGUUCUUUCGAGUCUCGAAACGCAUUCGACGUGAGUCUAGGACCGCGACCUGA